CUUGAUCAUGCCAAAAUUCUUCCAGUAAUUAGUAAUGACCUCCCAAUGGCCUAUCGUCGAUGGGUCUGACAGUACAGGGAGGUAUUUAAUAAAAAAGACUUGAUGACAGACUGAGAGGGGGAAAAUGGCUGCGCCCGGUUGUGGACCGUGGAACUCGAGAGAUUUGAUUCCUCCACCCACUAAUUUCUUGAAGAUCAACCUAGCAAGAUUAUCAGAUGAAGAGUCUCAUUCUCAUGAUGAUUUGAAAUCAGCCUUGUACUCUAUUCAAAAUGGCAGAGAUCUCAAUGGUUCAUUGCUGAAAAGGGAGCUAGUAACCCUCUCUCGCUUUCUCUACAAAAAUAAGAAUUCCCAAAGAAACUGGAAACUUUAUGGACUACUUGUGAAGUUAAAAAAAUGUUUGGAGAGGUUAGCUAACACAGCAAUACACUCCUAUGCAGAGACGAUGCUAUCAGCCUGGGAUGGAUUUCCUGAUUUAUCCACCCCUGUAAUCAGUCUUCCUAGUCGACAGAUGCUAGAGUACCUCUGUGUUGGACUACAAGGAUGCACCAAACUUUGUGCAUACAUAGCUUCUCAGUGUGAACAAGCUGCACUCCUCAUGAUAGAGACAAUACACAAUGGGAUGUUCCUGAGCAGCUCUCUUGUCUUUCUUGCCAUUGUCAGUCGUAUCAGAGUUUUAAUUUGUAAUUUCUUCAAAUCAGCAGUUGGAUGGUAUGAUAAUCUUGUAACUGUGAGGUCUUUUUUGCCCUCAACAAGUUCUGAAUGGCUUCCCAAAGGCACGGAGCUUCCUGGAACACUGCUGGAAUGGCUUGGAGAUGAGGCUUCAAGACUCACAUUAGAUGUCACAAGCUCAAAGAAUGCUUCUGAAUUGAGUCUGCUGGACAGGCUCUUCAAUACCAGUCUAGAGGUCAGUUUGGACAUGACUGAAGGUGGAGAGCGGGAGGUCACUGCAAUCAGUCAGCUACUAAUGAGUACUGGUCUGGAGGUCAAGAGGGACAUGAAAGAUGGGGAAGAGCGGGCAGUCACUGCGGUCAGUCAGCAACCAUCAGGAACUGGGCUAGAGAUCAGGAUGGAUGCUGGAGACGUAGGAGAGCAAGACGUCACCAAGGACGGUCAGCAAACAACUGGAUUUGGUCUUGAGGUCAAGAUGGACAUGAGAGAUGCAGGAGAGCGUGAGGUCACUAAGGUCGGUCAGCAACCAACAGGAACUGGUCUAGAGAUCAGGAUGGACAUGAGAGACGGAGGAGGUCGGGAGGUCACUGCCGUUGUUCAGCAACCAACAGAUAAUAAUCUCAUGGUCAGGAUGGACACGAAAGCUAAAGGAGAGCGGGAGGUCACUGUAAGCUGUCAGCAAUCAAAGAGAAUGCCUGCAACAUUACCAGAUCUAGGAGAAAAAUUGAGUCAAGCAGAGGUGGCCUUCUUGAUGCGGGAUAGGAGGAAGCAGGGAUACCAUCAACUCAAUCCAGAUGUUGUCUCAACAAAAGAAAAUGAAAACGCCAUUAGAAAGAAUGAUAAUGGAAGGAUGAACUCCCCACCCAGAAAAAGAAGGAAAACAAAAUUGAACACAUCAGAGUUUAAGUCAGAAGAAGGGCAAUUUCCGAAGGUGUUUAAGCAGAAGGUCAUGGCUAAAGGAGUCAGCUCGAGAAAGGGAUGGCCCAUGAAGAAGUUGGGUGUGGGCUCUGUUCCGAAAUAUAGUAGUUUGGGAAGUAACACACCAUCUAUCAGCACAGAGACAAAGAGAACUAAGAAGAGAAGCAAAGGAAAGGGAUUGGCAAGUUCUAUUCUAACUACUGUGUCAGUUCAGAGAGGUAAAGUGCAUAGAAGAACUUCAACUAGCCGAAGGGUAGGGGUCCCUUCUAUUCGACGUAGUGUUUCUCAAGAGAGCUCAUCAGACGGUCAAUCACGUGUGUCUAGAAACACUAAGAGAGGGGUAAAGCUUCAGCAUUGUAUAGCAAAGAUGAAGCACAGAAAGAAGAGUAGGUCUGAUAAUAGCAGUAGUGACUCAAACAGUCUAGUUAUCAAGAAUAGUGCUUUGUCAUGUACUCCUAGCUCAGCAUUCUCUAUUCCAAGAGGAUAUUCCAAAAACAAUAGGUCUGGUGAUAAAACCUUCAACCCGAACAGUCUGCCUAUCAGGAAUACUGCUGCACCCCACGUAGCCAGCUCAACAUACGAUAUAGAUGCAGAUAGAUCUUCACAUUCUCUUAGAAAUUGUAGAAAUCAUCCAGAACUGUUCAUGUCAUCACCCACUAAUGGAGCAAGAUCUUAUGAAGGAAAGAAAAGUAGAACAAGCAUGUCUUCUGCUACUCAGAAACCUACAUUGGAUACUUCUGGAUACAGCCACAAAACACGAAGUACUGGUACCAAAGAAAAAGGUCUUCCAUGUGCCAUAUUGCCUCACAGCAGGUAUGAACCAUCCAGGGCUAGCACAAAACAAUCAUCUCUAGUAAAUCCAGGAGGAACAGUAAGCAGUCUUGGAUUUAAGAAAAAGAAACUUGUGAAGAGAUUGAAGAAACUGAAACAGAAAUUGAUAGGCAAAGGCAGAACUGCUCCGGACAGUUCACUGCACUAUACAAAUCAAAUGAGCAUCUCAAGAAGCACUCCAUUACAGAUCCAGCAACAACAGCAUUUCAACCUUCAACCUCCUAGGAAUCAGUGUGAACAUCAUGGAGAAUCCAGUGAGCCUAGGUAUCAUCAUCAUGGUAACAAACAUCCUCAAUCUCAUCAUUAUCAUGGAAGCAGAACACAGCCACACUAUCACCAGGGCAACCGGCAACAAAAAGACAUUCCUCACAAGAAGCACCCCAGCAAAAAAAUGCAACAACCACAUCCAUUGCCACCCUCAAAUCAUAAUUUGAGUCAAAGGACUUCCAAAAAGAAGAGACAGAAGAGUCAUGCACAGCAAGGAUUAGUACUAAAUCAGAAAAGGGAAAAUCAUAAAAGAAAAACAAGAGAUACUGACCAUGAUAUGGAUUCUAUAUUUGCAAGCUUACUUUGAUUGUGGUCCAUGAGGGGUUGUUCUAUGAAGUUAUUUGUAAAGCUAAAAUAUGAUGUACUCACAUUUCCAGAUAUUUUUACUGAGAAUGCCUCUUUUAAAAUUAUUUUACUUAGACAGUUGCAAACAAACAAGUACGAUUUUGCACCAAUAGGACGUUUAAACAUGUACUCAUGGUACUCUCAAUAUUUUGCCUGAUGCAUUUUUUGAUUGAUUGAUUGAUUGAUCGAUCUGUCGAUCAGUCGAUUGAUUGAUCUGUCAAUUGAUUGAUGGAUUCGAUCUAUCGCUUGGUUGAUCGAUUGGCUUGAUAUGAGUAAGAAAGCAGUGCAUGUAAAAUGACUUGGGAAUCGAACCUCAACAUUUGCGCGUCUACCAGUUACUUUAGAUCCCUCAACCGGCACCACCACAUAAUAAUUAUAUGCAACAAUGUUUCUAUGUCCUGCAUAUUAUUACCCCAUCUUUAGCAUACAGUAGCUGCCAAGAAGACAUUUUUUAUCAUUAUGUGUGAUGUUUGAAUAUUUACAUGGUAAUACAGGCAAUUUGGAAGGGAUUUAUGAUAAACUGUGUUGUUAUUGCUGAUAAAGAUAACAUAAGCUUUUCUCAACUUUAGUCGAUUAAUAAAAAAUCAGAAAGAAAUGUGUCUAACUUACAUUCAUGUCUAACAUUAUAAACAACAUUGAGAAAUACCCUCUGGGCCCCAUUCCUAAAAAUUUACUAUUAUGGUAAAUUUACCAUUCAGUGGUAACUACCAUGAUAACAGUGUACAUCAGCAAAUCAAAAUCAAGGAUUCCAUGCAAGAUGCAAUUGGAUGACAAACACAUCUCAAAAUAUUCAUUCAUUCAUUCACCACUAAAUUUAACUUCCGAUGAAAUCAAUAAAAACAAAAGUGAGAAUUCACCUUGUUGGGUUUUAUUGUUUUCCAAAGUUUGAGGUAAUUAAAUGUAAUUGUUUUAUUUGUUUUUUCCUGAUUAAAUGCCAAGCCCACCCCAACAUUAAAGGAAUGAUCCCAGUUGAAAAUGUUUAUAUCUUAUUACAUAGAGUAAAAUUGCAGUGAGCAAAAUACCAAAAAUUUCAUCAAAAUUG